AUGGCUUCCGCUCAAGCUGAACAACCGAGUGAGAAGCGCGGGCGGUCUGAACCCACUGCGACGAUACCCUCCGGGUCUCGAGCGCGAUGCCUACUGCUAUGCGGCUCUGUUCUAGCCUUGCUAGGCGUUAUCGUCUGUCUGAGAUUACCCGGCUCUUUCUUGCCAUUCGCUCUGCAAUUUAAGGCCCUCGGUAGUGUUCAUGAGGUUCACCUCUGUCCGCAAGCGACCGUGCUCUUCCCGGCGCGCCACAAAGAGGUAUGGCAGGCAAUGGCAGACAGGCUGAGCGAUAAGGCCUUCGAAAAGGCAGCCAUCGAUUGGCUCGCUAACUCUAUACGCAUACCAACGGAGAUCUUCGAUGACAUGGGAUAUAUCGGUAUAGAUGAGCGCUGGCGCGUAUUUGAGCCCUUCCACGAUCAUCUACGGCAAGCCUUUCCCAACGUCCACAAGCACCUUGAAAGGACUGUCGUCAACACGUACGGACUUAUCUAUGAGUGGAGGGGCUCAAACAUAUCUAUGAGACCGCUUCUUCUCACUGCACACCAAGAUGUUGUUCCCGUCGAGCACAGCUCAUUACAUGACUGGACAUUCCCUCCGUUCUCCGGCCACUUUGAUGGCGAGAGCAUUUGGGGACGUGGCUCGUUAGACGAUAAAAAUGGCCUUAUCGGCGCCCUGAUUGCCAUAGAAGAGCUUAUCAGAGCUGGCUUUGAGCCCACACGCUCGGUAGUGCUUGCGUUCGGCUUUGACGAGGAAGUUAGCACGGGCCAGGGAGCACCAUCUCUGGCGCCCGUCUUAGAGCGGAUGUAUGGCCGUCACGGAUACGCCAUGAUAGUCGAUGAAGGUGAUCCAUUCAGUGAACAGUUUGGCUCUGUAUUUGCUACGCCUGCAGUCGCAGAGAAAGGCUAUGCAGAUGUGCGUUUCACAGUGAACACACCUGGCGGGCACUCAAGCCUACCGCCGGAUCAUACGGCCAUCGGGAUACUCUCUCGCUUACUAGUGCAUCUAGAGAAUGAGCCCGUGCCCGCGAGUCUGAAUCGCGAGACCCCACUGUACGGUGCCUUGCAGUGCUACGCCGCACAUGGGAGUCAUCUUCCUGAAGGACUCUCUGACGCCGUGCGCAAGUCAACAACGUCAGACCGUCAUCUAAGGCAGGCGCAAAACAUCGUUUUCCGCGAUCCAUAUUGGAAGAGCUUGGCUUCGACGACGCAAGCGAUUGAUCUCAUACAAGGUGGACACAAGGCGAAUGCCUUGCCCGAAUCCGCCUGGGCUAUUGUCAAUCAUCGCAUCGCGACCGACAGUUCUGGCCAGCAAACUCAUGAUGAGGAUACCGCGCGCUUGAUGGAUUUAGCUAGAGCAUUCAAUCUAUCCGUGCAAGCGUUUGGAGUGCACCAUACACUUGAAGGAUACCCAGAAGCAGGAUCGCUCACAAUUGCGGAUGCGUGGGGCGGUAAACCCCUCGAACCUGCGCCAGUCACAAGAACAGACGCAGACGCAGGACCGUUUCAAAUUCUCAGCGGGACAAUCAGAGCCACCUAUAGCUCACAUCGUGAGUGGAACGUCCCACAGUCUGAAAUUAUCGUCGCACCCGGCAUUCUAGGAGGCAACACAGACACGGGUGCUUACUGGAAUCUGUCGACAGCUAUCUUCCGUUAUAAUCACCAUGGACCGAGUACCAUCUCCGGUUUACAUACAGUCAACGAGCAUAUUCUGGUGACGGACUUUUUGGAGAUGAUACGGUUCUUUACCAUGCUCGUGCUCAACGUCGAUGAAAGCUCGCUGUGA